GAAGCUUUCUGUGAGUCUUUAAGAAUGACAUAUUUUGAAUUCAUUAGUUAACAGAUCUAUAUAUUGAUGUAUGUAUGAUUGACAUGAAAAACAAGUUGUUUUGAUUGAGAUUAAAAUAAGUGGAUUAAAUAUACUAGUAUGUCGAAUAGUCUUGAAAUAUUAGAGGAGCGAGUAGCUGCUCUUGAAAAGCAAAUUUAUGGAAAUGUUUCAAUGUCAGCAGCUAAGGAAAAAUUUUCUGAAACACCUGUUAUUGAAAAUCUCCUUAAUAUAAAUACAUUCAUAUCAACUGCGCUUUCUGGCCGCGAAAGUAUAAAUACCUUAAUUAAUAGAUUACCAGAAUUAAGUAAUUAUUUAGAUUCGAAUUUUGAAGAUUGUGAUUCACAAACUGACGCUAAAUUAGAAUAUAUAUUGACUUCUGAGGCGCAAAUAAAAGAAAAUCUUCGAUUACUAACUGAAAUAGAAAAAUUAAAUCCAGUUUUGGAAAUAGAGAGUAUGAAAGAAGCACCAGAACUAUCAAAAAAAUUAAAUACCUUGUCGUUGAAUUAUUUACCAAUGAAUGAAGAAUCAAAGGCCUUAAAUAGGGAAAUUCACGAUUUAUUUAAUAAUUAUAAUUCUAUUAUUAAUAGCAUUUCUGAAACGCUUAUUCAAAUGGAUUCGAAAAUUACAAUGGCUGAAAUAGCAGCAACGCCUAAAAAACAAGUCGAUUGAAGAUGUACAUUUUUUUUAUGAAAUAUAGCUGUAAAAUAUUGCAUUCAAAUAUGUAUUUAUUUUUAGCAGUCUAUAAUUGUUUAUACUUUGUCACUAUUAACUUUUAGAUCUGUAUGUAUUUAUUUGUGAAAUUAUACUUUUAAUUCGUUAACGAUAUUUAAUUAAAAUUAAUAAAAAUAAAUUAUUUUUCACCAUUAAA